AUGUCCUGGCUGUUUCUCUUAUCAUUGGUACUUCAUGUAUCAUGUCAACAGUUUGGUUCACUACCUCCUCGUCCAACUAAGGGUGUAAGAUUGUUUCUUGGUGAGAAAAAUGUGACUAUUGCUAGUUUCUCAAUGAUAGCUGCUGGUUUGUUUCAUGAUACUGAUAUAGAUGGGCCAGGUAAUGCUGUUGGUGUUGUUGGUAGUCCUGAUGGUCAGAAUGAUGGUUUGUGGUGUCAGAGUUCUCUUAAUCAGAAUAUGAUAGGAACAUGGUAUUAUCCUAAUGGAACAACUGUAUUGGGUUCUGGUAGUCCUCUUUUUGCUGACAACACUGCUACUGGUCAAAUUGGUUUGUUAAGAAUAGGAGGAAUAGGAAACGUUCAAGGACUAUACAGAUGUGUUAUACCAAAUGAAGAAGGAAUCAAUCAGGCACUGUAUGUUGCUGCUUAUGGCAAUGGGAAUUUCCUCAAAGAUGAUGAAAUUCCGAUUGUUGAUGGUCUUAAUCCCUCAUUCCAGCUCCUCUCAUCAGUUGAUGCUGAUCCUCCAGUGUUUAGUUUAUCAUUUAAUGUCACUAAUAGAUCACCAACAAUAGUCACUUGCUCUGUUGAUAAUGGAAACCAGUUUAAUGUAUCUGAUAAUGAUCUGAUACGUACUGUAACACCAGUUAAUAAUGAUGUACAAGUACAAGUAUCAGUAAUAUUUAGAAUGAGAGUGUCUGGCCAGUAUAAAUGUUUUGUUACUACUGACAGAAUUAAAGCUACACCUUUAGUAUCUACUAAUAUGACAAUGAGGAAUGUUACUGUAACUGGAUCUCCAUCAAACUUGACCUACAGUAGAGAUAGUCUUCUCUCAGUUACACUAGGCUGGUCUCCCUCAGCAGUGAUUAGUGCUACUCCUCAGUAUCAUGUCUUUGUUAAUAACAGUAAUGGUAUUAUUAUUAUGAGUAACAACACUACAAAUACUGAGCUGUCUCUCUCAUUAUAUCCUGAUGAUAAAUAUAAUAUUAGACUAGUAGCUACUGGUGAAGACUUACCUAGUGAAAUAAUCACUGUUACUGUUUCUCAAGUUGUCAGUAUUGAUGUACAAAGGCCAGUUAUGAUGCUAUUGUCAUCUUCCUUUUCAUUAUCCUGUACAUUGACAAUAGCUCCUAAAGUGAAUGUUACUGUAAUUGACAUGUUCUGGGCUAACUCUAAUUUGAAUCAUUUCAAUUCUACAACUGAUGGAGACAUAGUUUUAGAUGCUUUAGAGCCUACAAUGAUAUCAGUUAAUGAUAGUGUUGUAUAUACACUUACUCUUAACUUCAGUUCAUUGCAACCAUCACAAGUUGGAGAAUAUGUUUGUGGAGCUCUACUGAAUGAUGGGGCUGCUACCAAUAUCAUUAGUGUAGCAUCAAAUUAUUCAAUAGUUGUACAAGUACCAACUCCUUCAGUUAUUGUUGAGUAUAAUGCUACUGGACAUUUAGUAGAUGGAGAACUAGCGGAAGGACAGUUUCUUGAUAUUAUGUUUGAAUUUGGUCAGAGUCUAACUAUAACAUGUACCAUAACAACAGUUGAGAGAUUAGUAGUAACACCAAUGAUUACUUUCAUUAAAAUGAAUGAUACAGAUAUGGAAAUGCUCUCUAACUUAAAUAGACCAUACAGUAUCACAACAGAUGAUACUGGUUCAGUUACUAACUAUACUCUAAUACUGGAUCCAGUGAGGUUUGAUGAUGCUGGAAUGUAUACAUGUAUAGCUGAGUUUAAUGUAACUGGUUUUAAUAAUACCAAUGAUCCUAGCACUGCUACUUAUGAUUAUCAAGAGGCUAAUGGCAACUUUAUUUUGAUCUUCGAUAUUCCACCAGUGAUUGUUACUAUAUCAAAGGAACAUAACGAUACAUUAUAUGCAGGGACACCAUUCUUCAUUAAAUGUGACAUAAUGUUGAAUCCAUUAGUUUCUAUACCAGUGACUGUCACUAAUCAAUGGACACGUGAUGGUACUAAUGUUCCUAUGGGUUCAUCUGAUGCUACUAUUACUGAGGGUCUCAAUAUGAUCAAUUCAUUACAUUAUAAUGCAACAUUAAUGUUCUAUCCAUUGGAUAAUGCUGAUGAUAGUGGAAUGUAUACUUGUAAUGUUGAAGUGAAUGCUCCUUAUAGUUAUAAGUAUCUCAGGAAUACAUCAACUAAUGCUAGCACUUCCAUUCCAGUUAUUGCUACUCCAGUGCCAGUAGUACAGAUAGUGUCUAUGGGUAUUGCUGAACCUGGUGAAGAAUACAUGUUAAAUUGUACAGUGACAGUUGUUGAUGGACUCAUAGUCUCACCAGUGAUAACAUGGACUAAGAGAUCAGCUAACAAUGUUAUUAGUGUACCUCCAGUUCUUAUGACUGUAUCUAAUGUAAUGAGUUCUCUUUAUUUGAACUUCUCUUCUCUCAAUACUUCUGAUGCUGGCCUGUAUACUUGUGAAGCAUCUAUUAAUGUUAGUCAGAUGUCCAUGGUAGCAAGGAAUAAUGAAUCUUGGAAUUUACGAUUAAAAAUUACAAUUCCAUUUAUUUACCUUCAUGUAAGCCAAUCAAAAGAAUCUAACUUAUUAGCUGGCAGUAACCUGAUAUUAACAUGUGAUAUCAGUGUUGAUCCUAAUGUUGAUACACCAUUCACUGUUAAUGUAACCUGGAACAUGACUGAUCAACAGAUCAUGAGUAAUAGUAAUUUUGGAGGUGAAAUUAAUUCCAGUUCAAUGCUUGCUGAUACAGAUCGUGUUAAUAUCAGCUCUGUUAUGAUGAGAUCAGGUUUUAAUGAGUAUAGAUCAACACUUAAUUUCACUACAUUGAGCAGUAUUGAGGAUUCAGGAACAUAUACAUGUAUUGUUACUAUAGUACCAGCUUCAGCUUAUGAAUAUGUAAUGACUUCUGAUACCAAUUACACAAACAUUCACUUCACUGUUACUGAUCCUAUUGUUGGGGGUUUAUUUGCCUCGCCCAAUUCAUUUUUGGGUCUAGAAACAUCAUGUCCUGAUUCAGACCCAUAUGAUAACUUCACUCUUACCUGUACAGCCACUAAACCAACCAUAGUAAUACCAAACCUGGUAAUAGCAUGGACACAUAAUGGUACAAUAGAAAGUGGUACUGUGACUACUACUGGAGGAAAUAUGACUACCACUGUUACUAAUACAUUGAGUUUUGACUCCAGUACUGCUUCUGAUUCUGGUACUUAUAGAUGUACUGCUAGUAUUACUGUACCUGAUUCAACUGAUAUUGUCACUACUAGUGAGGGAAUUACUGUGACUAUAACAUCUCAGAGCCUACCAGUUCCUGCUACUAAUGUAACAGCUACUCCAGGAACAACUACUGCUGCUAUAUCAUUCAUAAUACCUAACAUUGCCUAUACACCUGAAGCCUACAGUGUUAAGUAUACUGGAGCAAUCUUACAAACAACACAAGCAACUUCUAGCAUAAGAAUGAGCUCUUAUGACAUCACUGCAAUUAACCAAGAAUUUACAAUCAUGUUGACUGGCCUUGAGGAAGAUAACACUUAUACAUAUACAGUUGAUUCUACCAAUUGUCUUGGUACCACUAGUACUGUAGAGAUGAGCUUCAGAACACUUCCAGCAUUGCCAGUUGCUCCUCCAAUGAAUUGUACUAAUGUAACAUUUCUACCAUAUAAUGUUACACUUACCUGGACUGCACCACCACUAAUGAAUCAAAAUGGAGCACCAGUUGGUUAUAAUUUAACAUGUAUGAAUACUAAUGGUGUAUCAGUCAAUGGAUUGAGCCCAACGCGAUCUUCAACAAACACAAUGUUCACUAUUACUGAUGUUAUGCCUUUUACUGGUUACACUUGUGAGCUGUCAUUUAUUAAUGUAGUAGGAGAAGGACCCAGUUCUACCCAGUGUACUUUUGAAACAGCUCAAAGUGUGCCAUACAACUCUCCCCAAAAUUUUACUUCCAUUCCGGAUCAAACUUCUGUCUUAUUUUCAUGGAUGGAACCAACCAGUACUAAUGGAAUUAUUAUUAAUUAUGACUUAACAGUAACUAAUCUUGAUGAAUCAAAAUCAAUGUCCUUCAUUAUUGAAGUGAAUCCUAACCAAAGAUUUAUAGACUAUAAUGUUGAUGGUUUCAGUCCAUAUCAGAAUUACACUGCUAGUGUUAGUGCUAGUACAAUCAUUGGAGCUGGACCAGUGGCUACUACUGCAGGAAGAACACUACCAGACAUUCCUAGUUCACCUCAUCUGGUAUUGUCUCCAGUUGUCAUUAAUAGUUUAACAGUAGCUUAUACUGUACCAGUUCUUAAUGAAACUACUAUCAAUAUAACAUGGAGUCCACCAUCUCAUUCUAAUGGAGAAAUCACUGAAUUUAUUUUUGGAAUAGCUACUGAUGCCAUUGAUAGUCCUAAUAAUGUCUCAUUUGUGCCUGGAAAAGCAUCAUAUUCUCUAAUAUUUGAAGGAUUAAAGGAAAGGAUACCUUAUUAUGUGUCAGUUGUAGCAGUCAAUCAAGUUGGUGAAGGAAACCCAGCAACUGCUAUUGUCUUCACUAAAGCUGACAGUAGUGUUACAGUAUCACUUUCUAAUGUACAAGCAAUGAGAAUAGGAGAUACAAUAGUGUUAUCAUGGGACCCAGUGACACUAGAAGAAGCUAAAGGAUUCUUUGUAUACAGUAUCAAAUUAACUCCUGAUGAUGAUAGCACUAGCAGUACAUUAAGACAAACUAAUACAAGAGCUAUAUCAGUAGCUUAUGAUACCACAUCAGUUAAUAUAACUGAUACUGAACCACAGUUAGCUUAUACUGUGAGUAUUAGUGUAUUGCUAUUGAGUGAUGUAGGAUUGAUUAAAGGACCAGCUUUUCACACUUCCAUAACAAUGGCACCUACAAAUAACAGUAGCACUGAUAAUGGUAGUGUUCCUUUACUAACGGUAAUAGUGUCAACAUCAUUAAUAUUAAUUUUUUUUGUGGUGUUGGUACUCAUGUCUAUCACUAUUGUUGUAUUGUAUAGAAAAAAUUCAAAAAAAUUUGACAUAAGUAAAGACAUUGAACUCAGUGUAGCACCUAAUCCAGUAUAUGGUUUAGUUACUAAUACUUCUACAACACAAAAUAAUGAAGACUUGUAUGAGAAGAUUGAUGAUUAUAUAUAUGAACCAAUAGAUGAUAGAAUAGUGCAGCAAAAAGAAGAAGAUACUCCAAUUGUAGGAGACAGUGGUGAUAACAUAAUAUCAAUAGCCAAGUGUCCUGUAUAUGAUACUAUUACUGUUCCAAUUUCUAGUCCCAAUCAAGGAGAGACAAAUGAAGAGCAAGAUGCUGAUGUGUACGAAAUUAUGCCUUAAAGUGCUUAUAAAUUUGGUGUGCUUUAAAUAAAAAAGUGUUGAUGUAAUUUUAUAGCUUUUAGAAUUAAUUUUAGAUUGCAUAUGAUGAUGUUACAUUAUGUUGAGUA